GAAAGAUGGAUGCUUGGAGAGAUAGAGACGAAAGGUCGAAAGGAGGGAUGGAGAGAGAAGGUGGAGUAUACUGAAGGAGGAGGAGACAGAUAUAUACGUACACACAUUACACACACACACACACACACACACAACUAGGAUAGAAUCGCAAUCCAGAAGCAGCCAACCGACCGUUCUCAGUCGAUCGUUGACAGCUGCGAGCGUCACGCGACGAGCUUCAAGAGAUACGACGACGUGUCGAUAAAAGAAAAACAAAAACGUAAUUGAGGAGGAGUGAGGAGGAAGUGUUGGAGUAAGUGGUGAAAUAAAAAUUAAGAAAGAAAAGAGGAGGGACAUAAUUCUGUCAAGUGUGCCAACCGAGCAAGGUGGCGAAGCCAUAUUUGAAGGACCAGAUUUAAACGUUGGACCUUCUGUCAUUAUUUCUAUUUGUUUAACGAUAUAUCCUAUCGAAAAUGCCAAGCAGAGUUUCGUUCACGAGUUUGACCGCCCUCGGUCUCGGCCUCGCCCUGACGGUCUUUCCUUGUACCAUUCUGGCGAUCGAUUUGAGCCGUUUUUAUGGACAUUUCAAUUCGAAAAGCUCAGACGACGCUUGUCAUCCCUAUGAACCAUUUAAAUGUCCUGGCGAUGGUGCUUGCAUCUCGAUACAAUAUUUGUGCGACGGUGCGCCUGAUUGUCGAAACGGUUACGAUGAAGAUACCAGACUUUGCACGGCAGCUAAACGACCACCUGUAGAAGAGACCGCCAGUUUUCUUCAGUCAUUACUGGCAAGUCACGGACCGAAUUAUCUCGAGAAGUUAUUUGGUAACAGAGCUCGAGACACCCUUAAACCACUCGGUGGUGUCGAUAAAGUUGCCAUAGCGUUGUCUGAAUCACAAACGAUUGAAGAUUUCGGUGCAGCACUUCACCUGAUGCGAUCAGAUUUGGAACACUUACGUUCGGUCUUCAUGGCAGUGGAGAACGGUGAUCUUGGUAUGCUCAAAUCACUUGGUAUCAAGGAUUCCGAACUAGGCGACGUUAAAUUCUUCCUCGAGAAGCUUGUGAAGACUGGCUUCCUCGACUGAAAAGGCAACGAUUAUAUCAAGGAUAAUGAAGUCGUCGCGACGAGGCACGAUCCUAUUGAAAUUUUCUUCUCUUCGAUAAAGAAAAACUUUAGGAUCGUACGUGGUCGCGUCGCAGCCAAUGAUUUUUCUCAUAUUCUCUUCGACUACCUCGUUUCCUCCUUCGAUCAUUUUACAUCGCUUUUAUUAUUAUUAGCUAUUUCUCUACGUUUAUGAUUUCUUUUCUCUUUGAGAAAAAGUAUUGCACAGUCGAGAUGCUUCUUAUUCUUAUUCGCUUUUCUCUUUUCCUUCAUUUCAUUUCUCUUUCUCUCUUUCUCUCUCUCUCUCUCUCUCUCUCUCUCUCUCUCUCGUUUUUUCUCCUUCCUUUGUACAUAUAAUAAUAGAUUAUUCACUUGGUCACCCGCUAUUAUUCGAUGUAAUCGCAACGAAUAUUCGAGAGUAUAUGAAACGACUAACGGAAAGUAAUGAAGUUGAAGUUGAAUUUGAAGAUGUGUCCGUGCCUACAUUCUUCUUUUCUUCGCAUACCUCACGUAUGUAUGUUCAUGUUUUAUUAUGUAAGGAGGAUGCGUCGAAUGAUGGAGAUGAUCUUUACUUUUCUUUCUUUCUUUCUUUUCUUUUUUCUCGACUCAUGUUUUUACGUAUAUUUGCUCGUUACUCGACUUUUCCAGGUCGUCGAUAUCAACCAGAACCGGAGCUGUGCUUUGGUCGGUUUAAUUCGUUCUACAAAAAAUUUAUUAUUGAAACGAAUGAAUACCUUCUCUUACAGAUAUACAUAAUGCCGCACGCGUUUGUCGUUUUGUAAAGUCUAUUGUCCUUUUUCAUUAUGCGUUAAAAAUAUACGGCACGAUACGACAUUGUAGCCGCGUCCUAUGUACGAAUAACGUUCUUCAUUUGUUAACAAUGAGUUGUUACUGCUGGAACAGUACGAUGUCUGUACCGAAUUUAUUUUAAGAGCCAGAGUAGAAUUACGAAAUAUUUUGCUUGAUAUCAAGUAUGUUCUUGAGGAUAUGUUUUAUCUUAUUUGGGUGAAGUAUAUUCUCAGUAAAAUGAUGCAUGUAUGUAUGUAUGUUAUAUGCGAGCGCGUCCACGUUUGAAAGAGAGAACAAAAAAGGUGCAGAGAGAUAAAUAGAGAGAGA